GCAGCUCGGGUUGCAAACGCCUGACGCGCCUCCCCCGCGGGGCCAGCCAGAGCGCGCGAUCCCCUCUAUCUGGCCGCCUCUCUCUCUCCGCCGCGAGUCGGUCACUCGGAGCCAGCGCAGCCACGCAGGCCGGGGCCUCGCUCGCCUCUGCGGCCGCCGGCUCAGCGCGCUCGGCCUGCCUCGCCUCGCCCUUCCCUUCCCCGCCGGCUGGGCUGGAGGCGCGCUCCGAUAGGCGCGCGGCGGGCUCCAAUCACAACGCGGCCGGACGCUGGGGCGGCUUUAAGCUGGGCUGCCCGAGGCCAGCGCCGGAGAAAAGUUUGCCGCCGAGCGCGCCCCGCUCCCUGCCGCCGCCGGGCCGCCGAGGGCUGCUCCGGGCCGCUUGCCUGACCGCCAGCCAGCCAGCCCCGCUCGGGGGCGCCGGGCCGGGCGCGCCAUGUCGAUGCUGCCGUCGUUCGGCUUCACGCAGGAGCAAGUGGCGUGCGUGUGCGAGGUGCUGCAGCAGGGCGGCAACCUGGAGCGGCUGGGCCGCUUCCUGUGGUCGCUGCCGGCCUGCGACCACUUGCACAAGAACGAGAGCGUGCUGAAGGCCAAGGCGGUGGUGGCCUUCCACCGCGGCAACUUCCGCGAGCUCUACAAGAUCCUGGAGAGCCACCAGUUCUCGCCGCACAACCACCCCAAGCUGCAGCAGCUCUGGCUCAAGGCGCACUACGUGGAGGCCGAGAAGCUGCGCGGGCGGCCGCUGGGCGCCGUGGGCAAGUACCGCGUGCGGCGGAAAUUCCCGCUGCCGCGCACCAUCUGGGACGGCGAGGAGACCAGCUACUGCUUCAAGGAGAAGUCCCGCGGCGUGCUGCGCGAGUGGUACGCGCACAACCCCUACCCGUCGCCCCGCGAGAAGAGGGAGCUGGCCGAGGCCACCGGCCUCACCACCACCCAGGUCAGCAACUGGUUCAAGAACCGGCGGCAGCGCGACCGGGCGGCCGAGGCCAAGGAGAGAGAGAACACGGAAAACAACAACGCCUCCACCAACAAACAGAACCAGCUCUCGCCCCUGGACGGAGCCAAGCCGCUGAUGUCCAGCUCGGAGGAGGAGUUUUCGCCGCCCCAGAGCCCGGACCAGAACUCGAUCCUCCUGCUGCAGGGCAGCCUCAGCCACGCCAGGAACGCCCCCUACGCCUUGACCGGCUUAAGCGCCUCGCAGGCGCCCCACGGCCUUCAAGCCCACCAGCACCAGCUGCAGGAUUCGCUCCUGGGACCUCUCACGUCCAGUCUGGUGGACCUGGGCUCAUAAUCGCAGCAAGGGAGGUGGGCUCGCCCCCUGCAUCGCACAGAGUGGCUUGUACAUACGGGGACACGGCCAUCCGUCUCACCUGGGCUCCUCUCACCUGGUGGUUCUUAAAGUGACUUCUCAAAAUUUUCUUCUUUUUUUUUUUUUGGUCAAGCAGCCCCCCUCCCAUUUUUUCCACUUCUCUUUUUCCAUUGCCCCCUCUCCCAACUUCAUUAUGUCUUAGCCAAACCAAGAUAACACACACCAGCACAAUCCCCCCCUUCUUUAUUCUUUCCAAACAAUUUAAGCUUUUAUCAGUAAAGAUGACAGAUGGUUUUGUUCAGCAUUUUUAAAAAGGGGAGGCCCCGAUCCAGCCAAAGUUAAGCACUUCCAAUUCCUUCCCUGCCUCCCCCCCCCAUUCAAUUAGAAUAGGGCUACUUAACCUGGGGUCUGGAUAGAUUACAGGGGGGCCCUUGAACUUGGAUGGGGUAAAAUGACAGCAUUGUUUUCACGAAUGGAACUGAAAUUAUGUAUUUUAUUUUCUGCAUUCAAAAAACACAAUUCUGAGAAGGAGUCCCUAGGCUUCGACAGACUGCCCUGGGGGUAAAAAGGUUAAGAAUCCCUGAAUGAGAAAGUUAAGCCUCAAGCUACAAUUUUAUGCAUGCUUACCUGGGAGUAAGCCCCCAUUGGGCACUGUAGGAUUGCUUUCCUUCUGAGCACAGGAUUGAGUUUUUAACGUCUCCUCUAUUAGUUUAAUUUUAUCUGAGAAAGGGAGCUUUGACUCUCCAAAGCUCAUACCCUGGAAAUCUAGUUGGUCUUUGAAGGGCUGCUGGACUCCAGUCUUGCUCUGUUAAUUUUAAUGUCACCCCUAUUCAUUGAGGGGCUUGGAAGUGCUUAACUUUUGAAUGUCUUCUGGUCUGUUUUCUUUUCCUGGAAGCAUAAGGAAGAUUGUUUUAAAGCAACACCUUUUCUCCCUAGUGUGUGCUUUAAUUAGCUGGUGUGUAUGAGUGAGUGUGUGUGUGUUGGGGUGGGUGGGUGAUGCCCUAGUUUAAAGUUUUGGGAAAUGAUGGGAUGGGGGUGAGAAAGUACCAAAUCUUUUAUUUUGAAAGGGAGACUUGGAGAGGGCAAAAAUAAGUUUACAGAUUUUGGGAGAGGGGGUCAGAUUUAGUGUUCUGAACUAUUUUUUGAAGUAGCUUAAAAAUGGGGGGAAAUUGAGAGCAGUAUUAGGUCCUAGCAUUCUUCUAUGUCUUAAGGCAGCCGUGUGAGGCCUUUUCCUUUAAAGUAAAAUUGAACUGUCCAAGUAGGUUUUUCUUUUUCUUUUUGGUCCGUGGUGUUUAUGUUUGUGGUGAAAUUAGGAAAUACAUCCAUGUGACUUUUUGGGUUUUUUUUUAAAAUCAACAAUAACGAGGGAAGAACAAUUUAUACCCGGACUUCUUUCCAGAAGGCCUCGCUCUUUUUACAGAUUUUUUUUUGGGGGUUGCUUUCUCUCUUCCUAUAGUUUGGCUUGCAAAUCUAGACGGAGUGGGGGAAACCAAACAAACAAACAAACUGGCGAUUUGAUUUUUGUUACCGGCAGUAGCAUGUGUUCCCCUCCCCUCUCCUAGGUUUCUUGUACCGGAAGAAGUCUAAAUUAAAUGACGAUAAAAUGAAUGAAAACGCACAA